CCAGUCGUAGUCCGACUAUGGACAACUUUGGUUACCGCGAGAUGGGGUGGCCUGCACCUCUUAAAACACCAACCCCUACUUCGAGUAGAUCGCGCAUAACCCGCACCAUCAGUUCGCGAUCAAGGGAACCGGAAGAAUAUCCCUUGAAAGGCAUUCCUCCCUUCAAACAUGUCCGAAGCAUCGACCUACUCGAAUCUUCACCAGAGCCCGGGAACGCCAAGGAAUAUUUAUUCGUCGGACCUUCACCUCCAGCUGAAAAUGCUCCGAACAUGUACCAAAGCUUCGACAUUCUCGCCCCCGAUCCUGACGCAAGAUUGACGGAUGAUAUAAUAAGAAGAUCUCUGUGCGAACGAGCCUUAACAUUGGGAGCUGGAAGAUUCUUUGAUGACGUCGAAUGUGGCUUGAUCACUGUCGAUAACAUAGAAGAGCACAUUUCUUCAGCACCAGAAGUUGUUGUUAAUUUAACAUUGCUAUGGGCAGCGUUUCUUACGAGGGAAGAAUUGUUACCGCCAAUAGUGGAAGCCGGAGCGGACAUACAUUAUUCAGAGCCUGCUGGUUUGACAGUGCUACAUAUAGCUGCUUUUAGUAAUGCGAGCAGAUCCGUGGGCUAUUUACUAUCUAUAGGUGCUGAUGUUGAUUACGCUCCAAAAUAUUUUGCUCCGUUACAUUGUGCUGCUUUUGGAAAUUCCUUGGAAGUGGCGGAACUGCUGAUCGCAAAUGGAGCAUCGUUGCAUUCGGUAGUACAAAGAGCAGGUUGCGAAGACAAUCUCGUUCACUGCGCUGUAAGAAAUGAUGCACUGGAAUGUAUGGAGUUGUUCAUUGAAAAAGGCGUAGACCCGGCAUAUAUUACAUCUGGGGGUCUCAACGCGUUACAUCUAGCAGCCGAGAUAGGAGCUCAAAGAUGUCUCGCAUUUUUAUUAAAAGAAACGAAGCUAAGUGUAAACGGUGGGACAAAACAAAGAGAUAAGGAGUGCACAGCGUUACAUCUAGCUGCUUCUAGAGGUUACACGGAAUGUGUUGAGCUUCUGUUAGCGGAAGGUGCAAAAGCGAAUACGAAAAACUACCGCGGAUUUACUGCCCUACAUUUAGCAGCAAGAUGUUCGAAUUUAGAAUGUGUUGAGGUGUUGUUACGAGAUGGUAACGCAGAUCCUAAUGCCGAAGACCAUGAUAAGAGAACACCUCUACACGCUGCUAUAUGCAAUUCAGAUCGUGCUUGUGAUAUUAUUGACAUGCUUGUAAGUUGGGGAGGACUAGUUAAUAAAAAGGAUGAAUAUGGAUACUCAGCGUUGCAUCUAGCAGCUAUGGAUGGACUUACACAAUGUGUGGAAACUUUGAUAUUUUUAGGAGCAGAUGUAACUUCAAAAUCUAAAAAAGGUCAUACAGCGUUAAGUGUAAUUGUUCGUAAAACACCAAAAUCGCUCGCUAUUUUGAGACAUAAUUUAGAUAACGGAAUAUCGAUUAGUAGAUCGACAGAAGCUAAUGAGGAGGUUCAAAUUGAAUUUGAUUUCGGAAAACUGGUGAAAUAUUCUUAUCCCCGAGAAAUCACAUAUUUGAACAGUUUGAUUGAUGAAGGCCAAAAAGAUAUUUUGCAACAUCCAUUAUGCUCAGCGUUUCUGUUUAUGAAGUGGCGUAAGAUAAGGAAAUUUUACUUAGCAAGACUUAUAUUCUGUUUUCUGUUUGUUUCAUUCCUGUCGAUAUAUGUGCUGACGGCUGUGGUGAAAACGUGUAAAGGCAAGAACUCUAAAAAAUAUGGAGUUCUAAAUGAACUCUGUCAAAAACAAUCAAUACUCGGUGACAUAUUAGAAGAAAAUCCUAUAGAAUUUGAAAGAUGGGUGCUAAUUGCUAUUACAGCAUUUGAAAUAGUGAGAAAACUAACUGGUAUUACUGGAUAUUCGAGUAUGUAUCAAUAUUUUACGACUUUUGAAAACUUAAUGGAGUGGUUUGUUCUUCUGUCGGUAUUUUCUUUGUAUAAUAUACAGAAGGAAUAUGGUUGGCAGAACCAUGUGGGUGGAUAUGCAGUUUUGGGAGCAUGGACCAAUUUGAUGUUGAUGAUGGGUCAACUCCCUAUGUUUGGUGAUUAUGUUGCUAUGUACCAGAAAGUGUUAAGUGAAUUUCUUAAAUUAUUGCUAGCGUAUAUCUGUCUUCUAUUAGGGUUUGCUAUAUGUUUCUGUGUAUUAUUUCCGAAUGAAGAGAUGUUUUCAAAUCCAUUAAUGGGUUUCAUCAGCACAUUAGCAAUGAUGGUUGGAGAAUUAAAUCUUAAUAUCUUAAUCAAUGAUCCGAUGCAGGAUGAUCCACCAUUAAUUUGGGAAUUAUCGUCUCAAACAAUAUUCAUCUUCUUUGUUAUGUUUGUUACUAUAAUAUUGAUGAAUUUACUAGUUGGUAUAGCGGUUCAUGAUAUUCAGGGUUUGCGCAAAACUGCUGGGCUUUCAAAGCUCGUUCGUCAGACGAAAUUAAUUCUUUUUGUUGAAAUGGGUAUGUUUAGUGCUCUCCUCCCAAAAUGUCUCCACAAAUAUGUAUACAGAACCGCUUUAGUAUCACCAGAUGUUGGAAAAGUUAUAUUAAGUGUAAAACCAUUGAAUCCACAUGAGAAAAGACUGCCUACGAAUAUAAUGAUAGCGGCAUAUGAACUGGCACAGAUAAACAAAUUGAAAUCAGGAAAAUCGAUGAAGGAAAUGUUACACAAAAAUCGAUACUCAUCAAAGUUUAAAAAUGGAGAAUCCAAUGAGCAGAACAUUAAUAUAGAAAUACGAGGAAUGCAAGAGAAGAUAGAUCAAACGACGUUCAAUUUGAAGAAAAUAGACCAAGAGAUGAGGCACUUGAAUACGUUGUUGAUGGAACAGAGUAGCAUGCUGCAGACCCUGGUGAAGACUAUUGACAGAUCGUAUCCACAGAACCAGUAUAACAAUAUGGCACAGUUUUACCCUGAAUCUCCCAUUUUCUUUUCAAGCAAUGUCUCUGAUGUAACUUCUGUAGCAAAAUAAAUUCAUCAUACCUUCUCAAAUUUUGUUGAUACAUAGUUUUAAUCUUUAUUAUAAUCAAAUUAAAA